AUGUGCCUCGGAUAUUGCUGGCUGACGGUCUUCCUUUGCCUGCUUCUGCAACAGGAUCUUCAACAGGAUCAGGCCGAGGCUGCUAACAUACGGGGUAUAUUUUCCUACCGCCACAUUUCACCCUUCUUUGUGAUGCAGCCUUUGGUGCGGACUUUGGUAGAGAGAGGGCACAAUGUGACUCUUAUCACACCGAGCGGAUUGCCAAACGAUAUCGAGGGGGUUCGACAUAUACGUGUUGCCCAGCUUAACGAACGUAUAAAAGAAAUGCUUGAGUCUGAUCAUGUACUGGACUUUCUGAUUAACAAAUGGACGGAGAGCGCACUUACGGCAAAGGCGCUCUACAAUGCCUCCAAUGAUAUUCUAAGUGAUCCUGGCGUUCAAAGGAUGCUGCAUGACAAAAGCGAAAGGUUCGACUUGAUCAUCAUGGAACCAUCUAGUCUAGACGCUCUAUAUGGUCUGGUUGAGUUCUACAACGCCACGCUGAUAGGAUUGUCCAGUAUACGGAUUAACUGGCAAACCGACGAAUUGGCAGGAAAUCCAGCUCCAUCUAUAUACGAACCCAUUUCUCCAGUCGGCUUUUCCCUGUUCAGUCGCGUAUAUAACUGGAUUCAUAUAAUGGAAGAAAAAUUGGUGGACUAUUUGAUCUUACAACCUGCUCAACUACACUUAUUUCAGAAAUUUUUUGGCUAUUCCGCUCAGAAAAUGAAAGAGUUAAGAUCCAGAUUCUCGUUGAUGCUAAUCAAUAGUCACUACAGCAUGGGUAAAGUUCGAGCCAAUGCACCAAACAUAAUAGAGGUGGGAGGUCUUCAUCUCAGCGAGCCCCCUGAACCAAGUGAUGAGGAGCUGCAGAAAUUUCUGGACACGGCCGAUCACGGAGUAAUUUACUUCUCGAUGGGCAACGACGUUCUGAUUAAAUUUCUUCCUGCAAACAUUCAGGAGCUACUGCUGCAGACUUUUGCUAAGCUAAAGGAAAGAAUUAUUUGGAAGAGCGAACUAUUAUGUAUGCCUAACAAAUCGGACAAUGUAUAUGUUAUCGAACAAGCCCCUCAGCGACAUAUUUUGAACCAUCCAAAUGUCCGACUUUUCAUCACAAACGGGGGAUUACUGAGCGUGAUUGAGGCCGUAGACAGUGGAGUUCCAAUGCUCGGACUUCCGAUGUUUUUCGACCAAUUUGCUAAUAUGCGUUGGGUGGAAUUAUCUGGAAUGGCUGAAGUUAUGGAUAUCAACAUUCUGAACAAAGAUACUCUAACUGAAACUAUAAAGCAUAUGCUUGCAAGCGACAGCUAUUAUUUUAAAGCGAAGGAAAUGUCGCAAUUUUUCAAGGAUCGUCCAUUGAGUCCAUUGGAUACGGCAGUUUGGUGGACGGAGUACGCCUUACGAAACCGGAAUAUUACUCGGAUGCGCCUUAACUUGGAGGAGAUUCCACUGAUUGAAUACUAUAGAAUUGACAGUAUUUUAGCAUUUAGUCUACGAUUUGGAUUAGUCGCUGCAUCGCUGAUCUUUUUGGUCUACACCCUGUUUCUGAAAUAUCGUAUCAGACUUAGACGAUUACAUCCAUGA